AUGUUCCUCCCAAGGGUCGCUCGCGGGCUCUUGCGAACCACAUACAGAUACACAAUGCUAUCCUCCAAGGACGUUGUGGAGGUGACCGAGCCCAUUUCUCGUCAGGCUGACGAUGACCGCGAGCAAGAUACUCCGCGGGACAAUGGUGUUUGGAGUCGGGAUCGGUUCUGCGGUGCUCUCGCCUACAAUUUCGUAGGCUUCGUCCUCCCGGCUCUCUACAACACCCUUUCAAAACUAUGGGUGGCCAACAUCGACUCUUCCAUGGUCGUCACGGUCGACUCGUAUACCUAUAUUGGCGUUGUGGCCGAGGUCAUCAAUGAGGGUCUUCCCAGGGCUGCAUGGGUCAUCAUCGGCGACAAAUCCUCGCGCUCCCUCUCAUCCCGCAUCGGACUCACACAGACCCUGGUACUGUUCCAGAGCAUCAUGGGUCUGCUUGUGAGCAUUGUCAUUCUCGGGGCUGCCAAACAAUUUGCUGCUGGGUUUGUCCCAGCGAAGGUUCGCAGCGCCAGCUUGACCUACGUCCGCAUUAGCUCAUUCUCCGUCUUCAGCGCCGCGGUGGAAGUGGCCGUCACCAAUGCAGCCAGGGCACUUGAUCAUCCUGACGUACCUUUCCUCAUCAGCGCGACGCGCUUUGCCAUCAACAUCGUCUUGGACUUACUGAUCAUCUCCCGCUUUCACGUGGGUUCGUCCAAGCCCACCGUCAACGCGCAAGCUGCCAUUCGGCUCGGAUGUGACUUUGCCGCUGCAUUUGCCGGUCUAGCAUAUUUCGCUAUCAUCGUCUUCAGACUCCACAGAAGCCAUAGCGACCUCCAGAAUGCUCCGGUGCCACGCCCAAGUUUGAGAGCAUUAAAAGUGCUUUUGAGACCCGGGAUCUUGACAUUUGCCGAAUCUGCAGUGAGGAACACAUUCUAUCUCUGGCUCGUGAGCAACAUCGUGUCCAUGGGCGCGGACUAUGCGACCGCAUGGGGCAUCUUCAACACCAUUCGCUGGGGCCUUGUUAUGGUUCCGGUCCAAACACUGGAGGCCACCUCGAACGUAUUCACUGGACACAAAUGGGGUCAAUGGAGGAAAGAGGUUGGUACGGAACUUCAGAAAGCCAAGGCAAGCUGGAAGCAGCUCCGAGACAUGGCCACUCCCGCUCUUACCGCAGCCGCAAUCGCGCUCGCCGUCGAGGUGCCUCUCUGCAUCUUCCUCUCCUUGUUCGGAUGCAAGCCGUUUGCAUACUAUCUCUCCGACUCGGACAGCGUGGCGUCAAUCACAGCCCACAUGUGGCGCACCAUCGACUGGUGCUACAUUUUCUACGCGCUUUGCACCGAGCUGGCAACAAUCCUUUUGUCCACGGUGCCGAGAUGGUACCUGUAUCAAUCGCUGGUGGCGAAUUUGUUCUAUGUCCUGCCUUGGGCGAUUGUAUGUCAGACGGCACACCUCAGCUCUUCCGACGCCUGGAGCUACCAUGCCUUUGUGUUUGGAGGGAGCCUGGUUUUCAGCUCCUUCGACGUGCUGUUGUUUGUGAUGCUCUGGGCGUGGAAGUUGAGUCGGGGCACGCUCAACUUUGACAAGGUGAGAUUUGUGUGA